AUGGCCAUCAAAGAUGAGGAGGAGCAGCCGCUGCACAUCCUCUUCUUCCCGUUCCUCGCGCCGGGGCCCCUCAUCCCGAUCGUCGACAUAGCCGCGCUCUUCGCCGCCCGAGGCGUCAACAAACCAUGUCCUCACCACCCGGUGAACGCCCAAGUCAUCCGCUCGGCAGUGGACCGCGCCAACGACUCCUCCCGCGGCACCGAGGGCGCCCUGGCCAUCGACAUCGCCGUCGUGCCCUUCCUCGACGUCGGGCUGCCCCCCGGCGUCGAGUGCGCCCCGGCCCUUAAUUCGGCGGCCGACCGCGAAAAGUUCUUCCACGGGGCCCGGUUACUCCUCCGCGAGCCGUUCGACCGGUUCUUGGUGGAGAAUCGCCCCGACGCCGUCGUGACCGACAGCUUCUUCGACUGGUCCGCCGAUGCCGCCGCGGAGCACGGCGUCCCGCGGAUAGCGUUCCUCGGCAGCAGCUUGUUCUCCCGGGCCUGCAGCGAAACUACGGUGCGCAACAACCCCGUGGAGGCCGCCCCCGACGACCCGGACGCGCUCGUGCUGCUUCCGGGGUUGCCGCACCGCGUCGAGCUGAGGCGCAGCCAGAUGACGGAGCCCAAGAAGCGGCCGGAGCACUGGGCCUUCUUCCAGCGCAUGAACGCCGCGGACCAGAGGAGCUACGGCGAGGUGUUCAACAGCUUCCACGAGCUGGAGCCGGACUACUUGGAGCACUACACCACGACGCUCGGGCGCCGCGUAUGGCUCGUCGGGCCGGUCGCGCUUGCCAGCAAGGACGCGGCGACGAGGGGCGCCAGCAACGGGCCCUCGCCGGACGCGGACGGCUGCCAGCAGUGGCUCGACACCAAGCCGGAGGGCUCGGUGGUGUACGUGUCCUUCGGCACGCUGUCUCGACCUGUCCGGCAAGAACUUCGUCUGGGUCAUCGGUGA